AUGCCUGCUGCCAACACGAAGUUGUCAAGAAGGGCGUGGACUGACGUCGCUGAAGAGGCCCACAGACAUCGAGAUGCCACAAUAGCGGCCUUGUCCCCACCAGCGCCCAAGGUACCCUCAGAUCUUCCAAAGAACACAAUGCAUGUGCCUGAUCAACUACUGGACCACUCUGUAUUGCCCGUCACCAAAUUGCUGCCGGAAGAGCUGCUUUUGUCGCUCUCAACAGGCCAAUUGUCAGCUGUGCAAGUUACUACUGCCUACCUUCAGCGUGCCGCAGUAGCACAAGGACUCUCAAAUUGUCUUACUGAGCUCCUCCCCUCUCUCGCACUAGAACGUGCAAAAGAUCUUGAUGCGUACUUUCAGGAAAAGCAGCGUCCAAUUGGUCCACUGCAUGGCUUUCCCAUCAGCUUGAAAGAACACCUCGGACUUCAAGGACUACGAUGCACCACCGGCUACAUUUCGCACUGGGACACCAUCGCAAAGGAAGAUGCACACAUCAUCAAAGUACUCCACAAUGCAGGAGCGAUUUUCCAUUGCAGAACAACAGUGCCACAGACGAUGAUGCAUUUAGAGACCGACUCCAACCUCUAUGGCGUCACAACAAAUCCGUACAACAGCAACUUGACGUCGGGAGGCAGCUCGGGUGGUGAAGGCGCUUUAAUCGCUCUUCGCGGCUCGUGUCUGGGCAUUGGCUCGGACGUAGGUGGCUCUAUUCGCAGUCCGGCCGCAAACUGUGGUGUGUUCGGUCUGAAGCCAACUGCCUUUCGACUGCCAACUGACGGUUGGGGGUAUAUGAUGGCGGGAGCAGAUACUGUCCAGACUGUCCUUGGACCGCUUUCAACAACUCUUGAGGGAGUCAAGAUUUUCAUGAAGACUAUUAUCGACUCAGAACCAUGGAUUGAGGAACCCGCACUCAUACCUAUGCCCUGGCGCACGCACGCUGUUCCCGAAGGCAGACCACUGCGGAUAGGCGUGCUCUGGCACGACGGGACUGUAAGGCCGCAACCACCAGUUACACGCGCCCUGAAGCGGGUCACAGACGCGCUCCAAGAGCACAACAUCGAGGUGGUCGAUUUCCCACCACAUUUGCACGACGAAGCCUGGGCAAUCCUUUCCUCCCUCUACUAUACCGACGGCGGCGAAGCAGACAGCGAAGACAUCGCCUCCUCCGGCGAGCCGUGGCGGCCCCUCUCAAAGUGGAUAAUCAAAGACAAUCCAUGCGUCAAGAAGCUCUCGGUUGGCGAACUGGCAUACUGGUUCGAAGAACGCGAGGCGUACCGCAAGGAGUACGCACUGCACUGGAAGAAGCACGGCAUUGAUGCGCUGCUAUGUCCUGUCGGUCCUGGCGUUGCACCGAAACAUAAUACCGCGAGAUACUGGAGUUACACAAGUCAGUGGAACCUGCUUGACUAUCCAGGUCUGGUGUUUCCGGUGGAUAAGGUCGACAAGAGAGUUGAUAAGUGGAACGGUGAUGAGCAGGUACUAGGUGAGCUCGAUCAGGAGAACAGGGGGCUCUGGGACCCUGCGGAGUUUCACGGGAUACCUAUCGGACUACAGCUCGUGGGCAGACGCUUCGAAGACGAGAAGAUUGUGGCGAUUCUUGAGCACAUCACCGAUAAGAUCGGUCUGCCGCGGCAGGCAUUAUCUUGA